AUGGCGCGGAUGUCAGCAUCUCCAUCGACCGUCGAUUUCAAUGACGAGAUCUACUGCUUCUACCAGGGCAAGGGGAACUCUGGUGAGCUUUGGUAUACUAUCCUCCGCGAGAAUCGCUGGGGAGGCGAGCACAAAGUUCCUCGGACGACUUUGUCAGCGGAACCAUCUGCUGUCGUCUUUCAUAGCAAGAUUUACUGCUUCCAUCAAGGCAAAGGUAAUUCUGGCGAGCUUUGGUAUAAUGUCCUAGAUGGAGAACGUUGGGGAGACGAUCAAAAGGUCCCCGACACGUCCCUAUCCGCAGGACCAUCUGCCGUUGUUAUCAACCAAAGGAUCUAUUGCUUCCAUUAA